AUGCAAAAUUGCAUUUUAUAAGAAAAAUAGGGGAUAGAAUAUGAAUAAGAAGUUUUAGUUGAUUUGAUUUUAAAAUUUAAGAUUUUAUUUUGCUUUAAAAUGUCUUAAAAGAAGCCACAAAUGCAAGUUGAGUAAGUUUUUGGAUUAGAUGGUGUAGAUAAAAGGUUCCAGAAAACAUAGUAAAGAAGACUGCAAGAGAUACCAAAUUGAGAGAAGCUGUUGCUAAGAGAAGAACAGACAGAUUAGCAGCAAACAAAACAAGAAGAGCUUAAUGGGAAAAGAAUGCAUAAGCUUAUCAAAAUGAAUACUAAGCUGCUGAUAAGAGCCUAGUUGAUAACAUACGUAAGGCAAAAACUGAAGGUGGAUUCUAUGUACCAGCAGAAGCUAGAUUGAUUUUAGUGGUCAGAAUUAGAGGGUAUUUAUUAAAGAUAUAUAUAACAGUAUCAACACCUUGAACCCACAAGUCAGAUAAACAUUGAGACUUUUGAAAUUGAGAUAACUUCAUAAUGCAGCCUUUGUUAGAGUCAAUAAGGCUACAAUUGAAAUGAUCAGAAAGGUUGAGCCAUAUGUGACUUAUGGAUAUCCAUNA